ACUGACAUGUACAUAACCUAAUCCGUGUAUUCGAUAAAAACUAGAUAAUUUGAGUUUUUGUUAAUUUAAAAUACAUUUACAUGUUCUUUUAUUUUUAAAACUUUCAGUAAACCGUGAUUAUUUUUACUUUUCAAAGAGAGAAAUUGAUUACUCUUUUUUUAAAACUAUAUUAAAUUUUUUCCUAAAAUUUUGAUUUCCAUUUCCCCUACCUACCUAGAGUAAAAUGGCUAAAAAUACAUCAAAAGUAGGAAAAAAAACGAAUGAGGAAAUCUUUGCUGGUUUCCAAACUCUUCGUAAUGAACAACGUCAAUUAGGGAGUAAAAUAUCAGAAUUACAAAUGGAGUUAAACGAACAUAAGAUCGUAAUUGAGACUUUGCGGGGAGUGGAGUUGACCCGUAAGUGUUUCCGGAUGUUUGGGGGCGUGCUUGUCGAACGCACCGUAGCUGAGGUGUUGCCAGAGCUGAUCAGCAAUUAUGAACAGCUACCUAAGGCCAUCCAGUCCCUAGAAGACCAACUCACUCAGAAGGGAGAGGAGAUCAAUAAAUACAUUGAGGAACAUGAUAUUCGCAUCCAACGUGCUGAUCGCACCAUGCCUGAACCACCUCCAGAGCAAUCCACCUCUACCAAGUCUAAUGUGCUAGUUGCUAGCGGUUAACUAUACUGAUCCUUUCAUUUCAUAUAGCUGUCGCAGUGUAUUGACAGUGAGACUAGUCCUACAUUUGCCUAAAGCAGUGUGAGGUAGUACUGGGAAACUUUUUAUUAUUAACAAUACUAUUACGGUGUGGCUUGAUAAAUUAGUUCUGGCUGAUGUUUAGGGGCAAGGGGGGCAAACAUGGUAUUAUGAAGCAGUACUUUAUGAAUAUGAUGACAAGAAAAGGAAAAUCUAACUGAAUAUCCACCUCAACCAGAUAAAUAAAUCAUUUUAGUGUGACAAUACUCCAAGACACUUAACCAGAUAUUUAAAGAAAGGAAUACUACUGCGAAAACUCCACAGAGAAUAAUUAAUUCCCCAGCUGAAUGUGCUCAAAUAAUGUGGAAUUAAACUCAAUAAACAGUUUUUUCAGGCAGUAGAAUAUGAACCCUUGUCUAGUGGAAAGUAGUAUGAUAAUAAACUUUAAUAAUAAAAUAGAUCUUGAACAACUUUUCAACACUUUUCAUGGAAUAUGUAAUACAAAUGCAGAGAAGCAGUCUCUUUGUCCCAACAAUUAUGAGAAUAGCUUCAUUUAAGAAGUCAAGACAAUAUGGAGUUUUUUGUUGUUGUCCUCACCAUUCUUUAACAAUGUCUAAGGUGACAGUGAUAUAUUUCUUUUAUUGCUUUGAAUGUUUAAACUCUAAACAUUAAAGUAAUAUAUGAGAGAAAAAUAAUUUAAAUAGUAAAAUGUUUUCCACAUUGUGCUAUAUGUAUAUUCCCAAUGCUGUCACAGCAUCUGAAGCUCACCUAUGCAGAGUCAAUGUGAUUGGUAGGCAACUGUAAUAAGUAGAAAUAUCACUGAAACCUUGAGAGUAUUGUUUAACUGUGUACAUAGCUUUAAGGUUUACUGCUAUUUUGAAGUGUUUGGCCAGUUAACAAGCCUGAAUGCCUGAAUUUUUUAUUUGCCCUUGUCGACGAGCAUACGGCUCACUAUUGCCAGGGGUAGAGCCAACUUACUGCCAACAAUUUGAAUGAUAUACUAUACACAUGUCCGAGUUCAGAGAUGAACUAUGGCAAUCAGGUAAUAACUUUGUGUAAAAAGUCUCAACUGAAAAGUUAAUAAGUUUGGAUAAUUUAUUACUUGCACCAUACUCUAAGUGAGCAUGGUUAGAUUAUUACCUUAUUUCUAUGGACAACUAUACAAUAUAAUUAAAACUUCCUAUACUCUUAGCAGGAUGGUGACAUUCAUAAUGUUGUCAGAGGUCUGAUAAAAUUUUAAUACCAGGUGGGAUAUCACAAUAAAACAGUGACAACUUUUUCUGUUUCAUCAGGUGAAUUUUAAUAUGAUUAUAAAACAUGAUCAUGGCUAGAUUCAUAUUUGGUUUUAAUUUUGGAACCUUAAAAUUUAUUGUUACUUAAAAUAAAAAUAGCCAGGAAUAACAAGAAACUUUAUUUUAUAAUAUAGAAAAGAAUAACUAAACAAAAAAAAGUGUACUAAUAUUUAUUUCAUGUAAAGUAAUUUUGUAUAAAAUAUAUUUCUGAAAAAUUCAUUUUUGUAGUUUGGACUUGUAAGGGUCUGACGACUAAUCUCCAAUACUGUUGAUACCACAGAGGAUAACAAACAAUUGGCACGCAAGUCCUUUCGUUGAUAUGUUUAUUGUAAUCCAAACUUUACAUUUAGUCGGGCCCUGCCUUCUUACCUCCAUGUAUCAGGUGGGGUAUUAGAAACCACAGUGGAUGGAUUUAGGUUUUUUUACAAUGUUUCCACUUAAAAUAGUUCUGAGUGUUGUGCUGGCGAACUAUGGCGUCUAGUGGAGCCGCACGGCGGGCGCCACCAACAUCCAUUUUAUUCCAAGAAGCAGUUACAUUCAGGUAAAGGCAACCUUCAAAAGCAAUUGAGAUUUCGAACUCAUAUUUCUAGGAACGAAAUUAAGUAGAAUGAAUAGAAGGCCAUACAGUUAGUUGGGCAAGCAAUUCGCAUAAUAUCCCGCGCACAACACAUCUAAAUGUCCUACAAUUUAACAGCUUUGACUGUUCCUCAAGUUUGUUGAUAUACCAGUCAUAUAUGAUGAUGUUCUAUGAUAAUCCAAAAUAAUUGCAAUUUAACAUUCUGCAUUCCGUUAGCAUUGUGUUCUGUCCGUGAGAGGCGCAGCCGGAGCCCGGUGUGAGAAGAUUCUAAUGUCGCAUUUGAUUAACAUGUAUUUAAAUUAUAAUAAAAUUUGAAGACUUAA